GACGUCAGAGACCAGGAAGAAUGAGUGAACUCUUUUCAGUGCUUUGGGCAAUAGAAAUGUUUACACGACAGUCGGAUUGACUAACAUGUGCACAGCUCCCUCCCACAGAUAUCCCUCCCGGUGAUAUCAAAACUGAUUGUCAGGAGCCGUUUGGAUGACAACAUUUCUGUGAUUUUGGACCAGACAAAGAAGUUAUGAAGAAGUCUAUAUCAAGUCAAUCUUUCCCUGCGGGCGACGGAAGUGCCGCGAUUGAGCAUGCAGACGACAACAUAUGCAUGUCAGCGCAGCUCCCGCCGCGACUGUGUGUUGUUAUGGUGUCAUGCUGUGUGCUUUCACAUGCUGUUUGACGCCGUUGGCAGCCACCCACCCAUCGCAGGCUAUCCACUACACACACACACGGAUGUACGUAUACAUUACUGUGGCGUGUGACCGCACACCACCCUCCAGGCUCAAUGAGUUGUACCUCCUUUCUUUUUCGCUUUCUUCUCCUUCCCGCCCAUCCAACAUUUAUCCAACAAAACUAAUAUGGAAACUAAACAGGAACUCAUACCCCUAAAUAGCUUCUCCAGGGAGCCCAAUAAUGUGGCUGACGUUUUGCUGUUCUCCUUUUUGUUACUGCUCACAGGAGAAAAGCAGUUUUUAGAACUUUCUGGUGAGUCUUAUUUGAUAAGUUGAUGAAGAAAUAAGGCUUCAACAGUGGUAGACGAUCUACAGUUGAGAAUGGGAACUCUUAAUGGAACCAAGACGUUUGGGACAGAGGCGUUAGACUUUCUCUCAGGCCCAUGAGGUCUUCACCUAGCUUCUUCUACUUUUACCUGUGUGCUCACUCUGUUGAGUUUUGGAUGACCGAUACUCACCGGAGACGUUCUUUCAAGAUGUUUCUUUCAACUAAAAAACACUGGUAAAAGGCCGAAGAUUUGUUUCCGCAACUUUUCGAAAUGACGCACAAGGACCCUCGUAACCCCAGGAGGAGUUCGCUCUUUAACAUCGGCUCGAAUCUGAGACGCCACUCUUGUAUCGGUUUUGAUGUGGAAAAUGGGUUGUCGAUCGGGCGAAGUCCUCUGGACCCUACCAUCAGUCCGAGCUCCGGUCUGGUCCUCCAGACAAACAGUCAGCGCCGCGAGUCUUUUCUCUAUCGAUCCGACUCAGAUUUUGACCUCUCGCCCAAGACGAUGUCCAGAAACUCAUCGACGGCCAGUGAGCUUCAUGGGGAGGACAUGAUUGUAACGCCAUUUGCUCAGGUUCUUGCCAGUCUACGUACAGUGAGAGGGAAUGUUGCCGUUUUGACUCAUGGGCAGGAUAGAGGCAACAAGAGACAACCUAGCACUAACCCUCAAUCUGCCUGCAAGACAAACCUAUCAGAUGAGGCGUAUCAGAAACUUGCAGUGGAGACUCUGGAGGAAUUGGACUGGUGUCUGGACCAGCUGGAGACCCUGCAAACACGCCACUCAGUCAGCGAAAUGGCCUCCAAUAAAUUUAAAAGAAUGCUCAACAGAGAGCUUACGCAGCUGUCCGAGACCAGCCGCUCAGGAAACCAGGUGUCGGAGUUCAUAUCAAACACGUUUUUGCAGAAACAGCAUGAUGUGGAGGUUGUGUCAGCAGCAUGUAAAGAGGAGAAGAAACGCCGGCCUAUGUCUCAAAUAAGCGGAGUGAGGAAACUGAGCCCCAGUCCGAGUCUCCACCCAACAAGCAUCCCACGAUUUGGUGUCACCACCCAGCACGAGAACCUCCUGUCCAAGGAGAUUGAAGACAUAGAUCGAUGGGGUAUAGAUAUCUUUAAGAUAGCAGAGUACUCUGGGAAUCGGCCGCUGACAGUCGUGAUGUACAACAUUUUCCAGGAGCGAGAUUUGCUCAAAUGCUUCAAAAUCCCACCAGACACCUUCUUAACCUUUCUUAUGACUUUGGAAGACCACUAUCGUGCGGAUGUAGCCUACCAUAACAAUAUCCACGCCGCAGAUGUUGUGCAGUCCACACAUGUUCUUCUCUCCACACCUGCCCUAGAGGAUGUGUUCACAGAUCUUGAGAUCAUGGCUGCUCUGUUUGCUAGUGCAAUUCAUGACGUAGACCAUCCAGGACUGUCCAACCAGUUCCUCAUUAACACAAACUCUGAACUGGCUCUGAUGUAUAAUGAUGCCUCUGUUUUGGAGAAUCAUCACCUGGCUGUAGGCUUCAAGCUUCUACAGCAAGAAAACUGUGACAUCUUCUGUAACCUUAGCAAGAAACAACGCCGGUCCCUGCGGCAGAUGACUAUAGAUAUGGUAUUAGCCACUGACAUGUCCAAACACAUGAAUUACCUAGCUGACCUCAAGACAAUGGUAGAAACCAAAAAAGUGACCAGUUUAGGAGUCUUGCUGCUGGACAACUACUCAGACCGAAUACAGGUACUCCAGAACAUGGUGCACUGCGCUGACCUCAGCAACCCCACCAAACCCCUGGAGCUCUACCGACAGUGGACAGAUCGAAUCAUGGUGGAGCUUUUCAGUCAGGGUGACUGCGAACGUGACAAGGGCAUUGAAAUCAGCCCCAUGUGUGACAAACACACGGCCUCUGUAGAAAAAACUCAGGUGGGAUUCAUCGACUACAUUGUCCACCCUCUGUGGGAGACAUGGGCCGAUCUGGUCCAUCCCGAUGCUCAGGACAUUCUAGAUACAUUAGAAGACAAUCGUGAAUGGUACCAGAGCAUGAUUCCACGCAGCCCUUCGCCCACCCCCGACGAGCAGGACUUGCGGGCCAUUGUGGGCGUUGGGGGAUCAGGAGAAAAGUUCCAGUUUGACCUCACUCUUGAGGAAGAGGUUGGGGAGCUGGAAGGUGAUGAGGAGAACAUGAACACAGAACAAGGACUUAGAUUAAGGACUAUGAACGCCAAGCAUUCAGCAAUGUCCCAGAGCCUCACAGUUGGAGUCACUCCCAUUUUAGAUGGUGGCGAAAGAGAACUGGACCAAGAAAUGACCAGUGUGUCUGUCCUGCAGUUGGAAACUUAACAGGGAAGAUCUGCUUUAGUUGUGUUGCUCAGUCACACUCAUGAAGUUUGAGGUUUCGUGGUGAACCGUCCACUACCAGUUUUCUCAUAUUAACUCCGACUUGUCCUUUUGAAAUAACUGGACAUAAGGUUUAUCCAACCGAAUAAGCCCAUGUUUUAAAAAACACAGAUUUUGCAAAGGAUUGAGGAGGAACAUGUAGAUGUUUAUGUGGUCCAAUUUGAGAGUCAUGUGGAGAAACAUGGUGUCUUCCCUUGUCCAUGCCAACUGCAGAGGAAAGCUAAUGAACUCAUGAUGUGAACUUUUUAUUACUACACUCUAGGGUAUUUAUUAUCUUCAAACUUUUCAUUUUGGAUAACUUAAUGCUUUUGCUUUUUUAUGCUUUUCCCACUGAGAAAUAACCGAGAUGGAAACUGAGAAAUAACCGUUUCCAAUAUGGAACUGGGACGGCCGUUACACAACUAUUUAAUGCAUUAGUGAUAAGAUUGUGACGCUAACAACCUCAGGAUAAGAAUGAUUUCAUGUAGCAAAACUCCAAAGGGCAGUCACUAAACUGUCUGUUUAUAAUCUUGUUUGAAACAAAAUUAAAAUAUGAAAAUGUUUCAAAAACUGUCAAAAUUAAGACUGCCGUAUGGAGAAUCCCUUUACAUUUCUUUGUACUGAAAUACCUCUUGACACGUUAGCACUAUGUAGACAUGUACUAUGUACUGAUUAUUUAAAUAUAAACAGGGUUGAUUUAGCUUUAAUGCUGAAUUAUGAAUGAACUCAAAUGAUAACUGAUCUUCAUGGAGGCUUUUGUUUGCAACUCUAAACUCCCCCACACUUAAUGCACUUACGAGUGAAUCAGUAUUUGAUGCUGAUUCUCACUGACAUACACAGGUCUGACAUUGUAAAUUGGAGAUGAAAAGCUGAAGUGGAUCUGAUGCUUCAUUACAAUCCACCCAGAGGUGGAUUUUUACAUGAACCCAGGACAGCACAGACAACCAUUACUCUGAGCUAAACAAAGGGCUUCGACUAAUAGACGUGUUAGAUUCUGCUCUAAUGUUGCCAUCAUUCUCUGAUAUUUCUUCAAAAUAUUUCAAAAAUAAUGUGUUAUAGAUUUGGAUAUAUAGAGUCAGAGGCAGCACAGACAUGCAGUGAAAAGACAAAGAAGCCUUAAAGGUGAAGUGUGUAUACUUUUUAAUGUUUCUCUUAUCCUGGUUUGUGUGGAGAGAUUAUAAAUAAGUAGGGAUGUAACAAUAUUAUCGAUAUUGUGUUAUCGCAAUAGCAAAAUUGUCUCAAUAUUAUCAUGCUCACAUGACAGUAUGAAACGAUUGGUCUUCCGGGACUAACAUAGAGAAAGUUAGAAAAAAUUAUAUGUUACCUUUGGCAAGGUCCAUCUGGUGCAGUUAUUUUAUUUUAUAAAAGGGAUUUUUAGGUCAUUUGACCCAUCUCAUACUAUAACUCAUACUUCUAAGCAACAUUUAUGAUUGGAGGAUAAAGAAAAGAAGAUGCUGUGGCACGUUUCCAAGUCAUCAUUUGUCAUGUUAAAUAUUGCAAUAAAUACCGCACUGUGGACUUAUACCUAGGUAUUACCGUACAGUGAGAUUUUGAUAUUGUUACAUUUCUGUAAAUACGUAAGCCUCAUAACCACAGAGACUCUGUCGUGUUUUACAAGUGCUGUACUUGUUUGGGAUGAGACUAAAUCUGCCAUAUUCGAUCACAGGCACUCAGUUCUGGUUUUUGAUCACCAGAGCCUUAAAUGCCAUGUGACAGUGAUGACAGGCUGGUGACAUCACAAGAAUAUUUACAGUAACCUUGAAAAGAAAGAGUUAUUAGGAAAAAGGAACUACAAUAUAAAGAGAUAUUUACAAUUUAUAUGUUACUUAGAAUGUUUUUUGACAGAAUACAUUCACUUUUAAAUAGAAAUAAACGGAUAAAUAUUUGAGAGUGGGUUUGAAGCAUGUCUACCUCUAUAUUUGACAAAUGGCAGACAGGGAAAGUUCUUGGGAAACAGUUGCACGCUUCACCUUUAAUUAUUUUAUGUUAAGAAUAUAAAAAAUAAUCCAUAAAGUCUUUCAAUACAUUCCCUUACAAAAAGCAGGAGUCAUCCGCACUGAGAAGUCAGAGUUGACUAUUUCUUCAGCUUUGAUACUUCAUGCUUAAAGUGCCACAUAACUCAUGUAGCCUUGUCCGCAUUCAUCUCAGAGAUCAGCCGGGAUAGAUACACAAGAAUUCAGCCUUGAACACACCCCUUUAGCUCCAGUGCUCCUACAAUGGAGGCUGUGAAACAUUUCUAGUGUCUAAAACUAAAUCUGUUGUAGGAUAAUAACAGAACUGUACCAUUUUGUAUGUAGUAAUGUGCUAAAUUCUCUGUUUGUUAAUAUUACUGACAAUGUCAAAAGUGUUUGUUCGGUUUGUUUACAGGUUAAUGCCACACAUGCUUCAGCUAAACGUGUUUUAUUUGUUCUUUACUGUAAGAGCCAAAAAAUAUUCAAUUCUUAAUUCAGGUUGUUCUGAACUGCCAAUAAAUAAAAAUAUUGUUGUGUUGUUUGGAUCUGUGUUGAUCUAAAUGUGGAGUAGUAAAAUAGGUGUUAAGAACUGGUAAAAAUAAAUAGCUGGUGCAGGUGCAACAAACAUAGCGCGCUUAUUCAAAUCUAGAUUUGUCAAUUACAUCAAAUUGACAAAGUACAAAGUAUAUAAUUUCAUUUAGAAAUAAAUAAAUAAUAGGUCUGCAUAAAUAUAAAACAUGUUUAAAAAGCAUAUCAUGGUAAGAAAUGAAGCUGAAUAAGCUUGUAUAUAAAAUGCCAAAAGUACAAAUUCUAGACAAAGGUGACUACACUGAAGAUGCUAAAAUAAAGUUCCAUGCAGGAUGUGACUAUAAUAUAAACUUGAA